UGAAAUGUUUUAUGACAGAUAAACAGGAACGUCUGGAAGAUAAUAAUAUUAUAAGUUAUAACAAAAGAGAAAUAUUUGUUAUGAGUGUUAUGACUUAUACAGCUGUUUACUAUUUAAUGACCAAUGCAAACGCAUUAAAAAUAUAUUAUCUAAACGACUUGUAUUAGGCAUUAGCACAGAGUAAAUUCUAUGGUACAAGUACAUAAAAUAUCAAUGUACAUUAGUCUAUGGCCUGUACCUGUAAUGGUGUGAUAUUGUUUGCUAUUUCUUUAGAUUUUUUUCGCUUUAGGACAUAAGAACCUACAUUGAAAUUUUUAUUGUACAGUUCAUGUUUUUUGAUUUAUAAUUGGCAAAUUCGUGAUUUGGUAGUGUACUGAAAAAUGGCUGGAUAUAUUGAACACUUGUCUGAUGAGAUGGGCAGUCUGUCAAUCAAUGACCACUGGAAUGAACUUGGAUUGGAUGAAAAUAUUCGGACACAGUUAAAGGAAAUCGAAAAUGAUUAUGAAAGCAUUUUUUCAUGGAACAUCCAACAAUUAACUGGAUGUAAUCAAAAUCUUAUGAGUAAUCGCAUUGAAAAGGUUCGAGAAAAGUUAGAAAUGAUCAUUGACAAGGAAGACGAAUACAAUUUUAACAGAUUUUAUUUACAACUAAUUGUUAGUUAUGAACUUUACAUUAGUAAAAGUUACGAGGAAUCGUAUGUGGAAAUUGAAAACAUUGUUAAAUUUAUGAAAUCAUGUAAAUUUGAUGAGUCAAACAGACAAUACUCUGAUGCUUAUUACCAUAUUGCUCAUACCACCCAUGUUUAUAUUGCAUUAUCAUUGAAAAUUGAUUCAGAAAAGUUAUUAAAGAAUGUUAAAGAAAUCAAUAGUUUUAAUCAAGUGGAGAAAGCUGCAGUUUGUGCGGUUAAAGCUAGAAUUUUUAUGGAGUAUCCGCCUAAAGGAAAUGAUAUAGCUUUAAAAUUUGCUGAUCAAGCUCGAACCCUUCAUUCUACUGAACCUAAAUGGAUAGUAAUUUGGCUAAAAGCUAAAGGACGAGUAAGACGUUAUUAUGAACAAUUUUCAAUGCCAGGGAAUGUGGAAUUGGAUGCUGCAGAAAUAUUAUGCUCUUCAAAAACUAAUGCUCAACUUUUAAUUCAAGCUUCUAAAGUUUACAUGGAAGCAGCUUUUGUUAAUAAAUUAAAAAAUAACCCAGAAGAAUCAAAAAAAUAUUAUAAGCUUUCGUCUGAUAUUACUAAAAAAUCAGUCGAAUUAGCCAAAGAUGAUACAAAACAGCUUUAUUCUUGUUUACUGACAUGUAUUAAUUAUCCUAAAGAGUUAUUGUCAAAAUCUAUGAUAGACAAUUUAAUUGCAAAACUGACAAAAGUUAAAAAUAGCCGUGUGGAUGAAGUUUUAGGCAAAUAUUAUUUAAAAAACGAAAAGGAUUAUGAAAAAGCAAAAAUGCAUUUGUCUCGUGGAAUGGCUGCUGGUCACUUUAGUAGUUCAUUGCAGUUAGUAAAAGUAGAAUGCCUAUUACAACCUGUCGAUAAAUUUCCUUUUGUUCAAACAUUAAACAUGAUGUAUGAUGUUUAUCCGAGUCCAAAAAGGAGGCUUAUUAUUUUAUCACAAAUAUUGUUAUAUUACAAUUACUGUGAAAAUAAUCCUAAAGAAAUUAUGCGCUACUUAAAAAUGUAUAUUGACCAAGACAUUGAAGAUGCAUUGAAAAAACGUCAUUUAAUUUUUACUUUUCCAUUGUUCAAGAUAAAUGGAUUUAAACCAAAACAAUUUCUGAAUGUUCUAUCUAUAAAAAUAAAAGAAUUAGUGAACAAUAAUAAUUGGAGUUUAGAAGAAAAAAAGAUAAUAGAUGAUACAUUUGAUCGGUUCAAUAAGAUAUCAAAAUUGAAUAUUUAUGAUAGUCGUUUUAAUGAUGAUAAUAAAACUGCUUUCCACAAUAAAAAUAAUGCCAAAAUGUACCCUAAUAAUAAACCAUAUAAUAAUAAUAAUAGAGAAAAAAAUGAAUCUUGGCGAAAACAGAAGGUUGAUUCGUCGUCACAAAAUGAGUCUAAUAAUAUUCAUCAACGCCAAUUUGCUUCAAAAUAUGUUAAUCAAAAGAUUUCUUUAGAAAAACAUGGUGCUCGAGUUGUAGAACCAAUAACAAAUCAACACAAAGAAAUGUAUAAUAGUUUUGAAUUACCUGUAAAAAUCCCUAAUGAGUCAAUGAAGAGUUUAAAUAAUUCAGAUAGUAUUGAGAUAAAGCAAAAAAAGUUUGAAAACAAAUUUAGUUCCUUGGGCAAUUUACAUGUUGUGUCAUUAGAACAAAACUCUAUCAAAAGACCAUUUAGUAGUAGGAUAUAUGAUAAAAAUGGUAACAGAUAUGGUGAUUCUAAACCAAAUUGGCGAAAUCAGCAAAAUAUUUCUCAGAACCAAAACAGCUUUGAAAUAUUUCACAACCAUGGAAUUAAUUCUAAACGCUCUCAAGGAUAUAAAAAUGAAUCCCUGAAAAAUCAAGAAGCUAGAAAGCCAACACAUGCAUCUGGAAAUCAUUCAUUAUCUGGCGGGUCACACAAAGAUAUUGAUGAUUUAGUUUGAGUUAAAUGUAUGAUUCAAAACUAGAAUUGAUAUCAACAUUUGCAUAUCAUUGAUUUACAUUUUAUUUAAACUAUAAUCAUACAACUCGUGUACCUACUAUUUUUUCUAUAUUAUAAUCUAUAUAUUAUUAAGAGGAUGUCAGCGCACUGUUUGUUUUCUCUCUUAAUCCCACGCGCAACAUAGACAAUACGCAUUUUAUCUAAGUAGAACUCGCUCAAUUUUGGUUCUAGAGUAAAUAUACUUAUUAUAAAAUUAAAUUUUGACAAUAUUUCUGAGUACACUACGAUGAGUUUUUUCCAUUAUUCCCAAUACAACGUUAAUUAUAUCGUUUGAAAUAGCUAUAAGUUACAACAUUUUUAAAUAACCUUUAACUUUUCAAAAUUUUAAUUUUUUUUAAAAAACUCAUCGUCUUAUACUCAGAAAUAUUGUCAAAAUUUAAUUUUGUAAUAGUUAUAUUUACUCUAGAACCAAAAUUAAGUGAGUUCUACUCAGACUGUGUAAAUGCGUUUUGUCUAUGUUGCACGUGGGCUAGAGAGAGAAAACAAACAGUGCGCUGACAUCCUCUUAUAUUAAUUAACUUUUAAUUUUAUCACCUAUGUUAUUUGUGAAUUUUUAUGUGUUAUUAACUAGCUAUACUAAGAUUAUGAAUGGAUCAUUAUUAAAUUGAAAUUAUUUACAUUUUUUAACAAUUAAAUAAGAUUUUUUAAAAAAAAUGUUUCAUACUAAGUUUCCUUAAAAUGGUAAUUAUAAAACUUUAAUUAUUUCAUAAGAAUAAUCCUAACGCUUAAUAUUUAACAAUAACUGUUUAUAUUUUAAAUUUUAUAAUCUGAAGCAGAAUAAAGAUAAUAAGAGCAGUAGAAUAGUAGUGAAUUAAAAAUGUUGAUAGGAUUUAUGCCCAUAUAACAUGCCAGUUGAUAAGUCACUUAGUCAUUGAUUAAAAAAAAACUUGUUUGUACAAUAUUCAUAUAUAACUACAUUAAAAGAAGUAUUCUGCUUUGGAUUAUAAUACUAAAAUUAUAAAUCAUAUAAUUUCUCAAAAUAAUAAAUAAUAUGAUAAAAUGUAAAAAUAAAUUUUUCUAAAAUUCAGAGUACUUUAAACUAUUUAUAAGUCAAAGGACAUAUAUUAAUUUAGUAAUUAGUAUAUUUAUAUUAUAUAUUAAUGAUGCCACUAUAUAGAAUGAAUCACUAUGUGUGUUAAUUUGUAUUGGUAAGGAAAAUAUACAUAAGUACUAAUCACUAAUUAGUAUAACUCAAUUGUUUAUAUAAAAUUGCUUGGUAUUUUUUUUUUGUCCAAUUUAAUAAGUGAAACUUCCAAUUGACGGUUACUGAAAGGACCAUAAAUAAAAAAAUAUCAAACAAUUUUAUAUAAAUAUGUUUAUGUACAGACGUACAGUUCAUUUUUAGCCUAUUGGGAAAUUUUAAAAAGAGGUCCUACAUGGAAAAAAAACUGUAGCUUCAAUGACAUCUAUAACUAAUUAAAUACAAUGUUUACUGUAUUUACCUAAUUACAAAAAAAAAAAAUUUUCGAGAAGAAAAAUAAAAAAACAAAAGCAUAAA